GCACUUAAAGAUUUUGACAGUUUAAUCUUAAUCUUAUAAAAGAUAAAAAAGUUAUAUAAGGAAAUUCAAUUUCUUUCCAAAUAACAAAAAUAACAACAAUACAAUCUUUCUUUGUUUAACCUGUUCAACCUGUUCAACCUGUUCAACCUGUUCAACCUGUUUAACCUGUUUAACCUGUUUAACCUUGAAUAAAAAAACAAACAACCAAUAAAAAUGUCAAGAGCAACUUCCCAAUUAAGAAUUCGAUACUUAUCUUCCGCAGCCACAUCAUUAAUUGAUGGUAUUCCUGUUACCUUCAUUAUAUCCAAAUUACAUCAAAUAGGACCAAAUUUUUUUGAUGAUAAAUCGUCGUCAAUUGCGGAAUUACAAGUUGAUGGGAUAGAUAGACCAUUUUGGAUUCAUAAAGAAUGGUUAAUAUUACAAUCCAGUUUCUUUCAACAAGUUUUUGAAGGUGUCAAAUCAAAUGACAGUAUAAUUAAAAUCCGAGUUCCUUCUCCUGAAACUUUUGAAUCCCUAUUAGAAUUUUUAUAUGAUGGUGAUGCCGAUAAGUUGUACGAUACUCUUACCCAAGAUAAUUAUUUUGAUGUAUGGAAAAAUAUAGAAUUUUUAGGUCUUGGUCCUGCAAUUAGAGCCGUUUGGAUCGCUUUUUAUCAAAAUAAUAUCGAAUUAGACACUCGAUCUUUCAAUUUUUUUUUUUUUUUUU